CACCGCGGCGGCGAGAAGGCGGAGGAGGAGGAGGCAGGAGGAGGAGGAGGAACCACCGCGCCACCGGGCACAGACUCGACGCCAAAUCCUCGCCGUGAGGGCUCGCAGCUCGUGGGGGCUGAGCGCGCCUCGCCCCGCGGCGAUGUGAGAGAGAGGGGACGGCGCUCGACUCCUCCGCUCGACUCGGCCGCUUCUUUGCGGUCUCCUCCUCCUCCUGCCGCUGCUGCCGCUGCUGCCGCUGCUGCCACUCGUCGGCGCUUCUGCGCACGUCUCAUCGAGAUGGCCACGUCGCGGUUGCGGCCCGGGACAGGGUCAGGCUCCGGCUCCGGCUGCGGAUCGGCUUUGGGAUCGGAGUUGAAGUCGGAGGAGAGCGCGACGCUCUGGUCAUCGUACCCCCGUCAUCCCCAGCACCAACUCCAUCAUCCCCAGCACCAACUCCAUCCUUCCCAGCACCAACUCCAUCAUCCCCGGCACCAACUCCAUCAUCCCCAGCACCACCACCCCUCUUGCUCUGCGCUGCUGCCACCCGCGUCACCGCUCUUGCACCACCACCACCACCAUCAUCACCACCACAUCCUGCUGCCGUUGCUGCUGCUGCUGCUUCUGCAGCAGGCGCUGCCCGUUGGCGGGACACAGCAGGUGCUGCUGCGGCCAGCGCAGGCAGCGCGCGGUGGAGCCAUGCAAUGCUGGGAGGCUGAGAUCCGUUGCCUGCAAGAGACCGAGUGCAAGCGGGCGUACAACCAGUACCUCCGGGCGUGCGAGGCGGCGCUGCGCCCUGCCGCCAGCGGGGACGUUGCGGACGAAGCGGAUGGUGGAGGCGGUGGAGGUGGUGGCGGCGGUGGAUUCUCCGCCGUCACGCACUGCCCCAGCCACUGCAUCCACGCCAUCAUACAACUGAACGCGACUCGGGGAGGACCCGGCCUGGAGAGUUGCGACUGCGCGCACGACUUCGUGUGCCUCGCCGCCAAACGAGGAAUCGAGCCGUGCCUGCCUCGCACCUACACGGGCGGCGGCGGUGGCGGCGAGGACGAAUACGACGACGACGACGACGAAUACGGAGGAGAUGGAGGAGGUCGUGUAAGAGGUGCUGGUGGUGGCGCUGGUGGCGGUGCCCUGGGCUGCACGGAGGCGAGGCGGCGGUGCGAGGUGGAGCCGGCGUGCAGCGCGGCGAUGGACGCCUACCUCAUGAACUGCGGCAAGCUGCUGAACGGGGUGCGCUGCACGCGCGAGUGCAUGCGCGUCAUCCUGCACAUGAUGGCCAUGCCCAGGGCGCUGGCGCUCAGCGAGUGCGUGUGCGACGGCCUCGAGAGGCCGUUCUGCGAGGUGGUCAAGGACAACAUGGAGCGGCUGUGCUUCGACCGCGAGCGAGGGAGCGGCGACUUUGCCGACGAGGACGACGACGAUGACGAGGACGACGAUGAGGGUGACGAUGAGGAUGACGAUGGUGACGAUGACGAGGACGGUGGCUAUGGGGACAACGCCGCCGCGUACGGCGUCGGAAGGCACGCGCGCCAGAAAGCGUCCGGGAGCGCGGAUGGCACCCACUCGGUCCGAGUCUUCCCCAGGGGUCAGCCCCGCACCGCGGGACAGCGGCGACCCCUGGCUAGCGUCGUGCUCACGGCCGCCGCGUGUCUCGCUGCGAGCGCCGCGUGGCGCUUGUCGCGGUGAGCGGCGAGUCUCGGGCCCCGCGCGGGUGUCGCUUCGACGCUCGGCUCGGAGCUGUCGUGAGAAGCUGCUGCGCGCCGUGCCCGGGCGUCGUGUGUACAUUGUGAGUAUAUUUGUAUACAUGGGCAACAACGACGACACGGAAAAAAAAAGUUACGGUUUAAUAUAUAUUGACAAUCACUUAUUGUGGUUAUUUUUUUAGGAAGGGGGGUGGAGGGAGGAAUUUGUGAAAAAUAAGAAAUAAAUAUAUAUUGUUCUCCCCCGGAGUUGGAAUUUUAACAAA